AUGAAAGGGAAGGAUCCUGAAAAAUUGAUCUGGCACACUCCUGAGGGCAUUGAUAUCAAACCGCUCUACCUCAAGGAAGAUCGAAAAUGUGACGAACACCGGAAAAGCGAGCUUCCUGGUAAAUAUCCUUUCACUCGUGGUCCUUACCCGACGAUGUACACCCAUCGACCUUGGACGAUUCGUCAGUAUGCCGGGUUCUCGACCGUCGAGGAGUCAAAUGCCUUUUAUAAGGAGAACAUCAAAGCUGGCCAACAAGGACUGUCGGUUGCCUUUGACUUAGCGACACAUAGAGGCUACGAUUCCGACAACCCACGUGUGUAUGGUGACGUUGGAAUGGCCGGUGUAGCUGUGGACUCCGUGGAAGACAUGAAAAGGCUGUUCGAAGACAUCCCACUCGAUAAGAUGAGCGUGUCCAUGACCAUGAAUGGAGCAGUGAUCCCAGUUUUGGCUAUGUAUGUCGUUGCUGCGGAGGAAUCGGUGCUGGACAAGCUCGAAGCGGGACCACAAAAGCAGGCCGCUAAGUCAUAA